GAAAGCUGCAUGUUUAAGAGAUUUUAAUGAGAAACUCUGACCAUAGCUUUUUCUGUAGCAGGUCAGUGUGCACAAGAUGGCAAUCUAGCCAGUUAAAAACAAGCCCCCUUUGUGGAACUAAAAAUUCCACAUGCAGGACCUCACACACCCACUAAUCUGUCACCGUGUUACAACCCUCUGUUUGACUUCCCUGUAAGAGGCAGUCAGCUAUAGAGGCCUUGGUAUAUAUGGAAUACUUUGCAUUGUAUGGUUUUGAGCUUUUUUUUCUGCCCUAAGUGACCGAAAUGGCGGAAAAAAAAAGAGGAAGGACUGAGCAGUGAGGGGUUAUUUUGCACAUCGCGGUUUUGACUUCAGUUUUCUGUCGUCUGCUCUGUCACUAAGGAACAUUUCAGCCAUGGAGUUCAUCCAACAGAGAAACCUUCACUAUUGGGUCAUUGUGUAUUUUCUCUUGACCAUACCUUCACCUGCUGCAGAUGCUCAGAUCAGAUUAGUUGGGACUGGGUCUACUCGUUGCUCUGGAAGGGUGGAAAUCUAUUACAACAGUUCCUGGGGAACAGUGUGUGAUGACAGCUGGGACUCAAAGGAUGCUGAUGUAGUGUGCAGACAGUUGGACUGUGGUACGGCACUGAGUGCUCCUGAAGAGGCCCACUUUGGUGGAGGAACCGGAUCAAUCUGGCUCGAUGAUGUGAGCUGUUCAGGAACUGAGAGGAAUCUAACGGAGUGUACGCACGGAGGAUUUGGAACACACAACUGUGAACACGAUGAGGACGCCGGCGUUAUCUGUUCAGAUGGUCAGAUCAGAUUAGUUGGGAACGAAUCUACUCGUUGCUCUGGAACGGUGGAAAUCUAUUACAACAGUGCUUGGGGAACAGUGUGUGAUGACAGCUGGGACUCACAGGAUGCUGAUGUAGUGUGCAGACAGUUGGACUGUGGUACGGCACUGAGUGCUCCUAAAGAGGCCCACUUUGGUGGAGGAACCGGAAUAAUCUGGCUCGAUGAUGUGAGCUGCUCAGGAACUGAAAGGGAUCUAACGGAGUGUAAGCACGGAGGAUUUGGAACACACAACUGUAAACGCAAUGAGGACGCCGGCGUUGUCUGUUCAGCGAGCCUCCCAAGACUCUCUGUUACUGGUAAGAAACAUUGAUGAAUAAAUAGAAUAAUAUGACAAAACAAAUAAAAAAGGUAGGUCAUCCUCAAAUUACAAUUAGGUUUACUGUAAUAUUGUACUUUUGGUAAUUUAUUAAUAACUUGAAAGAAAUUGCGUGCAAUAGUCGACUUUCCCUUUUCUUGUCCGCGCACUUUAAGCCUUUAAUUUUCUCAAAAUUUCUUAUAAAUUUCUUACAAUCCGGAGCGCCUUAUAUAUGGAUCAAUUGGUUGAUCCACACUGGAUGUACACGGCGCUCAAGGCGCUCUGUCAAAAUGUUUCAGUAUGAAAAACCAAUAAUAAUAAAUAUGUUUCGGUACGACUGGUAAACUACAAAGCCGCACCGCUUGCAGCAUUACGGCUACCAGUCAGUAACCACCAAUACUGUGCUGACUUACAGUUACGGUGACCAGACGUCCUCUUUUCCCCGGACAUGUCCUCUUUUUGAGACCUAAAAAAUGCGCCCGGCAGGGAUUCCAAAAACGUCCGGGAUUUUGCUUCGUCGGAUACUUGUGUUUCUCUAGGUCAGGGGUGCCCAACCUUUUUUGACCCAAGAUCUUCUCUUUAAGUAGCCAACCUCCCGAGAUCACCAGUCCAGUGUCAACAUCGCAAACCCACGCACAUCGUUUCCAGCCUGCCAUACUAACCUCACAACACUUUUUCUUGUUGUCACACAACUACUAGACAUCACAACACAAACCCUCCCUCUCUCAAACACACACACACACACAUACACAGACAAAUUCCUCACACAGUUGCCAGUUUGCAUAAUGCGCUGUAGCACAAACUAGAUACAAAACAGGUGGAUAUCAGAGUUUGAAAAAAGGAAAUCACUUUCUACCUUAGUGGGAACCCUGGCACUGGGAGGAGGAGGCUAGCUUCUCGUAGUCAGGAGUGUAGGAGCUGGUUGCAAGGCGUAGGCAGGCUGCAAGGUGGUCAUCAGUCAUUGUUGAUCUGUACUUGGAUUUUCAUGUGCGAGAAAGCAGACUCGCACAAAUAAGUUGAUCCAAAAAGAGCUGUCAGGUUCAAGGCACAUCUUCUGAGAUUGGGAUACUUGUCCUCCACCAGUAGUUUCCAGAAAACACUACAUGCUCUCCAGGUUGAGCAGAUUUGACUUUGGCGGCAAUGUCACCAACAUCAAUACUUGCACCAAAUGGAUAACACAUAUAGCUGGCUACAGGCUCCAUGGAUGCAAAGUCAGUAAAACGCCUCUCAAACUCUGACAAGAUGCUCUGAACAUGCUCCUCAUAACGUGCACUGUCAAGCUCUGUCACACCUUUACCUUGACGUUGUAGUUCUGCGUGCAUGUGAGAGAAGUUGCGCAGGUUACCACGCUGCAGCCUACUUGACAUCAGCUGUAGCUUGCUUUUAAACAUGCUUUUAAGCCACUGGUGGUCCUCUAGCUUUGUAUGGUAAUCCACAUGUUUUGAAAGCUUCAGGAAGUCCUUGAUUUCAGGCAAUAGCUCCGUGAAUCUGGCCAAAAAUGUACCUCUGCUUAACCACCUAACAUCCGUGUGAAGCGGCAGGUCUGUGUGCUCAGCAUCAUUCUCCUCCAAGUGAGCACGGAAAAGCCUUCUCUGCAGACUCCUGGCCCGAACCGAACACACAAUCUUCAUCGCAAUAUCCAUCACUUCUUUCAUAUUUAAAAUCUUUCCACACAAUUCUUGCUGGUGAAUUAUACAAUGAUAAUUCAGGAUAUCCGGGAGAGAUUCACUUUCUUUGCACAGUGCAACGAACCCACUGGUGCGGCCCAUCAUAGCAGGCGCCCCAUCAGUUGUGAUGGAGAUCAGCUUGAAGAGCGGCAGUUUUGUCUCGCUAACAAAUCCCAUGAAAGCAUUAAAAAUAUCCUCACCUCUGGUGUGUCCUUUUAAUGGCAUAACCGUAACCGUAGGUUAAACGUGACCUACGGUCUACCUUUUUUCUUUUUCAUACUUUUUAUGGACGUGUUUAACAGACUGAUAGGGUGCGCAGCCAAGGACUCAUGAUAGGCUGUAGUGUAAAUUUAAUAUAAAAUAUGACACACACGCAACAAAAAACUGCUUUUCCUACACCCCUCGGGGUCGACUUGUCCGAGGAAAAGAGGACGUCUGGUCACCCUAACUGUAAGUAAGCACAGUAUCGGUGGUUACUAGGGGUGUAACGAUUCGAUUCGAAUCGCGAUUCAUGGUUGCCGAUUCGAUUCAUGGACGAUCUGGGUUAA